AGCCGGUAUAAAUUUUAACCUAUUCAGCAUUUCCCUAACCAGAAAGCGGCGAAGCUGAGAGAAUGAAGGUAGCUCCCAAAGUGAUAUUGCUCUUCAACGAUUCGCACGGCUCCGGUGCCGCCAUCUUCAGCGCUCUCAGGCCAUGCCCUAACUCCGACCUUCAACAUCGCGAAGAAUCUUUUCAUCUGUCACUGGAAAAGUACGGAAUCCGAGAUCUUAAUGCUUCUGGAAAGAUCCUCCAUUUCGAAUCUCCCACAGGUGUUUAUGAGGUCUCUGUGUUGCUUUUAGAAAGUUACGAGCCUCCAAUAUUAGCUUGUGCUGUUAGUGAAACUUUGGCUGCUGUAGCAGCUGGGGAAUCAUCAUCUGUGCCUACAAUGGUAGUCCCAUUUGUUGUUCCGGGAACUAAGCUGAGGGCAGAGAGUAAAUUUUCUGCCACUACGGACAACACUCAAAUAUAUGGGUUGCAGUUUGGGCCGUCUAACGAUGAGACUCAGGCGUUGAGCUUGAAAUUGCCAAAUCCACCACCGUCUUUACAGAUUUUUCAUGAACAAUUGGCCUGCUUUCUCCAAUUUAUCCGCGUAUUGAUGUUGCCGACAAUAGUGUUGAUUGGGAAAACUGGUCAGAGUACACACAGCCUGACAUCAGAUGAGCAGCUUCAGGCUAUAUAUCAGAUUGGAGAGCAUCUGGCCAGCUUCUCGCCACUUUGCCUAUCAAGAGAGAGGAUAACAUUGGAGUCUUCGGCGAAGGUUAGUAGGGAGAAUGAAGAGCCUUGGCGUGCACUGUAUGGCUGAAUUUUUGAAAAUUGUUUUGUUUCAGGCUUUUAUUGACCAUGUUAAACUUGUUUGAAUUUACAUAGUAAAAUUAUCUGUUGAUAUGUAAACAAUGUUGUUUAAAUAUAUAAAUAUAAAUAUUGUCUCCUAGCUUUAUUGUGUAUGUUUCUUUAAAAACUUUAUCGUGUACUACGUAUGUCUUAAAUAUGUUGUUAAACUGGUCUCUGGUAACUGGAAAUUACUUCUCUAUGCCCAAAAAAAAUUACUUCACACCUCUCUUUUUGAACGAUCGACAUUUCUUGGUUAAAGUUUUAUAAACUUGGAUCUCGAUAUAUGAAAAAAACAUACUUUAUUUCAAUAUAAAUGUAAUAUGAGAUUCUAACAACAACAACAACCCAGUUAAAUCCCACAAGAGUAGGGUCUGGGGAGGGUGUGUGUACGCAGACCUUGCCCCUACUCGAAAGUAGAGAGGCUGUUUCCAAAGAGACCCCCGGCUCAACAUCGAAAGUUGCAGUGUUUGACUAACUGCUACUUCAUUAAUUAAAGAAGCGCAGAUAGUUUAGAGAUCCAUUUUGAUUUAUUCCAUCACACCCCAAAGCCAAAAAUGGUGAAAUUUUGACUCCAUCNAGUUAAAUCCCACAAGAGUAGGGUCUGGGGAGGGUGUGUGUACGCAGACCUUGCCCCUACUCGAAAGUAGAGAGGCUGUUUCCAAAGAGACCCCCGGCUCAACAUCGAAAGUUGCAGUGUUUGACUAACUGCUACUUCAUUAAUUAAAGAAGCGCAGAUAGUUUAGAGAUCCAUUUUGAUUUAUUCCAUCACACCCCAAAGCCAAAAAUGGUGAAAUUUUGACUCCAUCGGAGAUGAUGGAAAAGUAAUAUGAGAUUCUAAAUUUUUAUAAAAUAUAUCCACAUAUAGAUGUAGAUAUCAAUGAACAAAGUGUUAUUCU